UAUCACUGUAAAAUGGACAUUACUGAGUGAGCUUGCAGACUUUAUGAUUCUUCUCCACUUGUGCUGCUGUUACUGUAGCUUAGCAUUUUAGCUAAAUGCUUCUGUUUAGCAUUUACUGUAGCAGUAUCCUAGUAGCUGCAGUGGUUGCUGUUCAGCAAAAAAUACUUUCUUUAUAUGUGAUUUUGCUUGAUGAAGGACACCUGCUUUCUAAAUAUGACACUAUUAAUAUGGGAGCAGAUGGAUGGCAUAAUGAAAAAUAAAUUCUUUUUCAGUAUCAACCUUUCAACCAGUUACACAUGUUAGGUCAAGUAAUAUUGCAUUGUCUACUGGAUCUGCCAUUACGCCAGCACUCUUGCUCAUCAGAGUUUCCUCAACUUGCAAUUGAUUAGCUGACGUAUGUCAUGGAAAAAGUAUCCAUUUACUGAUAAAGGAACUCAAGCGAGUCCAUAGAGUAUGCUAUUUUGUCCAGUGAAUAGAGAAGUUUUGGGAGGAAGUAUGAAAAAAUCUGAGUCACAGACAAGACCAUCAAAAAAUGAUAAGACCAACAUUAUAAAACCAUAAAAAUACAUAUAUUAUUAUUAGAUCCUACAAAAAUACUUUAUAACUCAUAAACUAAUAGAGCAAGUCACAACAGUACGGUACUUUGUGAGCCCUAGGCCAGUAAGUAAAUUAAACGUUUUUAGGUGACAUGUUUCCUCUGAAAAUAGCCCACAGUUUACAGUAAUAAAAACCUCAAAAUAGCUUUAUUGCAGUUAUUGUUUGGGAGACUGAUAAUACUAAACAGUCUACACUGAAACCCGUGAAUGAAAGAAAAAGCCUGGUUAAAAAUGGCAUUAGAGGAGUUAUUUAAAACCCCCAUUGGGGAACAAGGGUCAAUUGUGCUGCCACAACCCCUGGAGCAGGCAGCAGAGGACUUUGAGAGCUGACCACUGAUUGGUCAGUCAGACAGAAAAGGGCGGUCCGAAUGAAUUAGUGAUAGACACUAAAGGCAGAUAUCCUGCAGUGAUCAAACCCUGGGUGAUCUGACAGUCCAGUGUUUGAAGUGAUUAUCAUGCUACGCAACAUAAAGGCUUACUCCCAGCUUUGGGCCUAAUUAGUUCACUUAGGGCCCUUUAUAAGACAUUGGUAGGGGACUGGCAGGGACAGACACUCAGACCAACAGGAUAGCAGCAGCAGACCUGGAUCCCUAAACUUGUCCUGCUGCUUCACCCAAACACACCAAUCUGAAGAUUAUCUGCUUUUCUGAGAAUGCCACACUUAACUGACUGCAGUUACUACACGAUGCGGGACGCAACCAGAGCUUCAAAUGUACAAAACCACCUGGAGAACUCUAAGUUCCACCUCCAUCAGACCCAGAACCAACCUGUCAAGCAGUACCUGACGCUGGGCUCUAAGCUGGCCUCUUCGGCUGGAGGGGGCCACGCCGUGCCGCAUCCCCACGCCCAAGGCCAGCCACUGGCCACCGUUCCGAUCAUGAGGAAUGGACACAUGCCCUCUGUUAGCGACAGCAGCAACCCCAACAGCCCCGUUACCCUGCUCACAAUGGCAAAUCAUGACAGUGAGUUUCCAAUGGAUGAAGUUAUUGAUGACCUAAUUAGUCUUGAAUCCGGUUUCAAUGAUGGAGGCUUGGAUUGCAUGGAGUCUAACAUCAUAAUGCAAAACAAUGUGUCCCUCAGUAGCAGCAUGCUGGACGUCUAUGGGGGUGAACAAGGUAUGAAAGCCCCUAAUGGUGGAAUGAGUCCCACAUCUAACCCCACAAAGCUCACUGUAAAAAGGGAAUACACAGAACACGACACAAGGGUGAUGGCCAAAGAGCGACAGAAAAAAGACAACCAUAAUUUGAUUGAAAGAAGGCGAAGAUACAAUAUCAACUACAGGAUUAAGGAGCUGGGGACACUCAUACCAAAGUCGAAUGACCCCGACAUGCGCUGGAACAAAGGCACUAUCCUGAAGGCCUCGGUGGAGUACAUAAGGUGGCUGCAGAAGGAGCAGCAGCACGCUCGGGAGCUGGAGAGCCGUCAGAAGAAGCUAGAGCAAGCGAACAGGAGACUGCUGCUGAGGAUCCAGGAGCUUGAGAUCCAGGCACGAGCACAUGGGCUCCCAAACAUGGCUACAGCUUUGGGGACAGUUGAACUGUCCUCCCAUCUCCUCAAACAACAACAGCAGCAGCAGCAGCAGCAGCAACAACAACAACAACAACAACAACAACAACAGCAGUCGUCUCCCCAGGCCCAGCAGCCGCCCCUCUACCAGGAGGACCCAAACAGCGACUACCUCCAGAGGAUAGCCGUGGUAGCUGGUGUGCCAUCCAUCCCCGCCACCGGUGGGCUGCAGGAUCACAUCACGGGUGCUGAUGGCUGCACCACAUUUUCCGACCCGCUGUCCCACUUCACAGACUUCUUCAGUGCUACGCUCAAGGAGGAGCACCGGCUGGACGAGAUCCUGAUGGACGACCCGCUCUCGCCAUUUGGCACCGACCCGCUCCUCUCGGCCGGCUCACCUGGAGCCGCAUCCAAAGACAGCAGCCGCAGGAGCAGCUUCAGCUCUGCAGAGGGUGACGACCUAUAAUGGGUGCCCUCUACAGAAACGCACUCUUGUUAUCUCCUUGUGACAACACGGUUGUAAUCCUCAGUGGUAAAGGGCAUAUACACAGAGCUUUUAAAAGACGGACUGAUGGCUCUGGACAUACAUUAAUGACCACUCCCAGGGUUGCAAGUAAUUUCAAUGACAGCUGACACACCUGACAGUGCCCUUAAAGUCCACCUGUACAUAAAGUGUGUAGUUCUUGUUGAUCAGGUGGGUGUUAGAGCUCAAUUGGCCCAAAAUCUCAGCAGGACCAGAAACAGCCCAUUGGACCUCCUGCUCCUCCACCUGCUCUUUAGUAUAGACUAUAAACAUGUAUCUCUGCCUCCCGGACAGAGCAGAAACAGACUCAUAAGAAAAAGGGAGACAUUUAUCGGCCUUUAUAUAAAUGACCAUGUCUACUGUUUUUUUGGUAAACACUGUGGUAGCCGUACACUGUAACAUAUUCAGAAUAAUCACUGAAAGCCUGCCCAAACAGUCCUUUAUUUUGCAAAAGGAUUUUAAACAAUUGCAGUCAGGUUUGUGAUUGUGUGAUGUGCCUUAUUCAAACACCCGGGUUUUGUCUUAAAGAAGAUACGAACAUGUAACAUGAUGUACUCACCGCUAUGCCUAACAUGUCGUCGGUCUUGUCUGUGUCUUUUCAGUGUUUUUGUUAUAUAAGUGUUUAUGUAUUUAUAUAUGUUUUAAUCCAUGUAUUCAUAAAAAAAGAUAUAUAUUAUUAUCUAACAUGUUACCUUUUUUAUUCUUAGUAGGGGUGGGAAA